UUAUAUUUCGCUCCCACUUAUAUUCCAACGCCAUAAAAAAUAUAAAAACAAAAAAGAAAUUAAUCAAACAUGGCAGCAACUCCCUCCCACUAUCCCCCCUCAACCCAAUCCCCUUCCCCUUUCUUUCUCUUUCUUUACAGUGCUCUGCAUUUCCUCUGCAUUUCCUCUGUUUCCCUCCUCCCCUAUGUCGAAAUCCACUAGUGAUCACAACUCAUGCGCUAGGUCGAGGCGGCGGCAUUUCGAGGCAACGGAGGGGCAACCGGGUUCCUCCACCAAGUUCGAUGACGCCAAUGCUCAUGCCGUGUUUUUCCGCCGCAGGGUGCGAAAGUUGUCCGAUUUCUCGAGCUGGCGGUUGUGCAAAUGGACUUCAAUGGUUUUGAUGGGUUUGGCCUUUCUGUCAAUGUUGGCCAAGUUUGCCUUGCUGAACACGUUUCCAGAGUUGAAGGUGAUGGAGAAAAUAAGUUUGAUUCGACCUUCACUGAUCGAAGGGACGACGACAUUGAAACAGAACAUGGUCAGAUUAGGUGACAGGGUAAAUGUGGCUAAAAUGCUCAUAAGUUCAAGUCAGACCCUUGAUAUUUGGACGCCAUCAGAGAGUUAUAACUACUACCAAUGCAUAAAUCGAGCGAAGAAGGAAUUUUUGAAUGAAACAGCCACAAAUGGCUACAUCCUUGUUCGUUCCAAUGGCGGAUUGAAUCAAAUGAAGCUCGGGAUAAGUGAUAUGGUUGCCAUAGCAAAACUUAUGAAUGCCACUCUUGUUCUACCUUCUUUAGAUCACAUAUCCUUUUGGACCGACCCAAGUGACUUUAAAGACAUUUUCAAUUGGAAGAACUUCAUGGAAGUUUUGAGAGAUGAUAUCAUGAUCGUAGAGUCUCUCCCGUCGGAGUUUGCAAACAUGAAACCCCGCCAUAAGGCUCCAGUAUCUUGGUCAGGGGCCAGUUACUAUAAACAACAGAUGGCGACAUUAUUGAAGAAGCACAAGGUUGUCAAAUUUACCUUCACAGAUUCCAGACUUGCUAAUAAUGUUGAUAGCUCGAUCCAGAGACUCCGUUGCCGCGCCUUUUAUAAGGCACUGCGCUUCGCAGUUGAAAUCGAAGAGCUUGCAAUGAAUUUGAUUUACAGAUUAAAGAACAAUGGUGGGAAAUACAUUGCUCUCCAUCUAAGGUAUGAAAAGGACAUGCUUUCUUUCACAGGCUGCAGUCACAAUCUCACUAGAGAAGAAGAUUUAGAACUCGAAAUGAUAAGGGAGAAGACGCCACAUUGGAAGCACAAAAAAAUCAAUGGUACAGUGCAGAGACACCAAGGGCAAUGUCCCAUGACCCCAAGAGAGAUUGCUGUUUUCCUUGAGGCAAUAGGGUUUCCUUCGGAUACAAAAAUUUACAUAGCUGCAGGUGAAGUCUACGGGCAAGACGGGCUAACGUCACUGCAAGCCAAGUAUCCAAAUCUAUUUUUCCACUCAAAUUUAGCAUCCGAAGAGGAGUUGCAACCUUACAAGGAUAAGCUCAACCAGCUUGCCGCAUUAGAUUAUAUUAUAGCAGUUGAGAGUGAUGUUUUCAUCUACUCCUAUGAUGGAAACAUGGCCAAAGCAGUCAAAGGCCACAGAAGAUUUGAAGGUUUUAGGAAAACAAUCAGCCCCGACAAACAAAGAUUUGUUAGAUUGAUCGAUAAGUUAGACAAGGGUAUGAUAACUUGGAAAACAUUCUCGUCCCGAGUUAAGAGGUUACACAAAAAUCGGAUGGGAGCACCAUAUCCAAGAGUGCCCAGAAUUUUGCCUAGACUGGAGGAGAACUUUUAUGCGAAUCCAUAUCCAGGUUGCAUUUGUGAAAGGACCAAUGAGCCAGCUUCAUCACCAGCAGGGAGAUGUUCAUCCAAAUGACAUUUUCCUUUAUAUAAUGUACAUACAAAGUGUAUCAUAUAUGAAGACAAUUGAAAAUUAGAUUUAGCAUGUCCUUCUUUUGUAUAAACAUUGCAUGUUACAACCCUUUCGCGGUUCUGAUUAUAGACCCCGAGACAACGAUUUCCACACUCUUGUAUUUUUCUUUUGUAGUUUUACUCUUUUUUCUAUCGUUUGAUUAUCACAAAAAUAAGUGUGAGAAUUGCAAUAUAAGAAACGAGAUUUUAAAUUGCCAACAUAAUGUAGAUUAUGGGAGAUUCAAACUGGCUUAACUCAAAUCUAUCGUUAUCUUAAAAUUUUAACUAUGACAAUUAUUACAAGGCCCACCAUGACCAGGCCCAAAUGAGAUGAUCCAGCAAGAAAGCAAAAGGGCACGUUCUACUUUGUUCCUGGAGUCUUCGUUGUUGGAAGCCUUCGGCUUUAGCAUUUUCCACCUCCAAGUCUCUUCCUCUCCUGAGAUCAGGUCCUCGCAUUCAGGUAAAUGGGUCUGGGUACACUACUUGAAGGCUUUCUGCUUCUUGCAAAUGCAGUGGCGAUUUUAAAUGAGGACCGCUUCCUUGCGCCUAGGGGAUGGAGCCUCUCAGAAUUCUCAGGGGGCAGGACAAAAUCAGUCAAGGGACAGAUUAUAGGUCUCAUCUACGCAACACAAUACUUGAGAGUUCCUCUUGUGCUACUCAAUACUGUCUGCAUCGUUCUAAAAUUGAUAUCUGGAUGAUUCCAAAUGAGGUUAUUUGUUCAGAAGAUUCGUCGAAUUGAUAUUAGGAAUCGGCCAAAAUGGAUCUCUCGUUUCUCGGAAGGCUGAAGCAUUAGGUUGAUGGAUAUUGUUUGAAUGCUGUAUUUUUGAAGUAGUUCUUGUUCCUCAUUGUUCAGAAGCUGUUUGGCUUUAGAUAUUAAUUGGGUGGUCAGGCCAUCUCAAGGUAAAAUUCAUUUUUACGGUGUAAUUUCCUCGAAGGUAUUAACUUUUCCAACAUUUUAACGCCAAAUUCGGUCCCCGUAA